AUGGGAUUUUUCUGUGUAUUAUCGAAUAUCGCAUUGUUGCCUCUGAAGUUCUUGAGGUAUAAAGGUUCCAGCAGCCGUACCAGGGAGAGGGUAAUUAAACUCGGAAUCUUGUGUCGCAAAUCAUGGGUGUUUUUCCCUCCCCUCAUGCUCUAUCAGUACCUGCGACAGACUGACAAGGAUUUAUAUACAACGGAACUGUUGUACAAAAACUCAACGAGCAAUGACCCUACUUCCUUUUACGACCCUAAGAAGCCGAAACAUUUGAGGAAUUGGAAGAUUCAGAGCGAUUUGGCCCUGUUAUCUCUGGUGGCAAACCAAAAAUACUCAAAUGAGGAGGAAGCUGUGAAUCCAGAGGAAAAUACUGAUGAUUCGGAGCCUAAUGAGAAAUCGUAA